GUUCCGAGGACAGACUUGGUGUAAACAUCUCCACAUCCUGUGCCGCUGACAGCUCAGCUGACAUGGGACGUAAAGGCGAGCUAACGCUUCUACGUUAGUAUGUUAACGGGACAUUAUUUUCCCAGGUCAAUGCAUUUGAACUGAUUUCAGCUGAUAUAAACACGACUACGAAGGACGAAUACCCGUUGAGGAGGUUGAAACGAGCAGAUUUACAUGCUUGUUUUGUGUGAAAGUGCAUUGAGAAAACUUUAUUUUUUGAUGUUGAACUGCGACUGCAGCCAUGUCGAACAUCACGAUCAACUUGUGCUCCUCUGACGAGGCUGCAGAGAGGGAAGCUCCAACAGGAAACCGCAAGAAGAAAAACAAGUCUUUUCAUAAAAAGCUGCAAUACUUGGAACAAAAGGGAUGUUUGGAGGGUAAACACAAGUACAGCCACCACCGGGGACGGUUCUGGCAUGACCAGGCUCCACGCCUCAAUGGAGUGUGCCCAAAGCGCCCUCCGCCUCCCACUUCCACGUCAAAUAAAAGUGUACCUCGUCCAGGCAGCGCUUCACACUGUAGCUCCAGGCCUUCAGCGUCCACACCCCGUCUGCCUUCCCGGCCUUUCACUGUGAACAGCAAAGACAGCCACGUGAAGCCAAAGGAACCUGUGAUCUCAGAGUUAGCAACCAGCACCGCCGGCCCCUCAGGAUCAAGCAGCCAUAAACCUGCUGCCACAUCAGCAGCAAUCCCCACUAAGUACCUCGCUAUUGACUGUGAGAUGGUGGGUGCAGGACCAAAGGGGCGCAUCAGCCAGCUCGCACGCUGCAGUAUAGUGUCCUAUGAAGGAGACGUUGUUUACGAUAAGUUCAUCAACCCCGCCAUGCCUGUUACCGACUAUCGCACCCGAUGGAGCGGCAUCCGGCGCAGCGAUCUCGCCAAGGCCACGCCGUACUCCGACGCCCGCAAGGAGAUACUGAGGCUGCUGAUGGGGAAGGUGGUGAUUGGCCACGCCGUGCACAACGACUUCAAGGUACUCGGUUACUCUCACCCCGCUGCCUUGACCAGGGACACGUCCCGAAUCCCUCUGCUCAACCUGAAGGCCGGCUUUGCUGAGAAUGAGUGUGCUUCACUGAAGAGACUCACCAAAGCCAUUUUCAACCGUGACAUCCAGGAAGGGACAGUCAAAAGUCAGAGACGGAGGUCAGCGAGACAGAGGAAAGGAAGCUCAGCUUAAAUGGACUCCACAGAGCUGCUGGGAGGAAGGGCCACUCUUCUGUGGAGGAUGCUAGAGCCACUAUGGAGCUUUACAAAGUGGUGGAGGAGGAGUGGGAGAGGAGGCUCGCCUCCAAAUCGCAGGCCAUUUAGUGUCAGGUCUGGUGAGACAACAUGGAGUUUACAU